UUUCAUCACCUCGAUCGAUCGACUCCUGGGAAAAUAAUUUCCAUCUAAUUUUCCCGAGAAAGAGUUGAGAGAUUUUCCUCUUCGUCUUUUACUCCGGCGAGAUUUGCGCGAGAAGAGAAUGGAAACCGGAGGGAAGCUGAAGAAAGGUGCCGGAGGGAGGAAGGGUGGCGGUCCGAAGAAGAAGCCGGUCUCUCGGUCUGUCAAGGCCGGGCUGCAGUUCCCGGUCGGUCGGAUCGGUCGGUACUUGAAGAAGGGCCGUUACUCCCAGCGCGUCGGCACCGGAGCUCCGGUCUACCUCGCCGCCGUUCUCGAGUACCUCGCUGCUGAGGUCCUGGAGUUGGCUGGUAAUGCUGCAAGAGACAACAAGAAGAACAGGAUCAUCCCGAGACAUGUUCUCUUAGCUGUGAGGAAUGACGAGGAGCUUGGGAAAUUGCUCGCUGGAGUGACCAUCGCCCAUGGAGGGGUGCUUCCCAACAUCAACCCGGUCCUCCUGCCAAAGAAGACUGAGAAGGCGACCAAGGAACCAAAAUCUCCUUCCAAGGCCACCAAGUCACCCAAGAAGGCUUAAGGGAUUAGUCUAUUUUGGUUUGGUCUGGUGCCUAAGGUGACUGUUUGUAUUGCCCUCUUUUUACGCCUCUGCAGGCUGUAUGUAAUUUAGCUCGAUGUACUUACAAGCCCUUUUAGGUGAAGUUGAUGGUGUUAGGAUUUUCAGGCCAUUGGGCUACUUGGUUUUAUGUUUCCGUAGAACAUCUUUUGUUUCUCCGAAUUGAAUGACAUCCUGAAAGCUUUUAGAAAGUUAUUGAUUUGCCCUCCGUUGGGAGCUGGGAUUAUUUGUCAUUA